AUGGCAUCUCUUCCAGGAACUCAGACACUUCGUUUCCGUGGACCAAACGACAAGCCAAAGCCAUCCGUAGCGAAGAAGAAACACGACGGUAUUCUCCAGGAUCAAAUCCGCAGAACUGCCAAAUUGCCAUGGAGUCCCAGCUUUGCUUUUGCAUUGCGCAUGAUCCUCCUUGUACGUGUUUCUGGAGCAAUGUACUCCAACAUCGAUGACUGCGAUGAAGUAUACAACUUCUGGGAACCUCUACACUUUCUUGACCGGGGAUACGGCUUUCAAACAUGGGAGACUUCUCCUCAGUAUGCCAUUCGCAGUUGGGCAUAUAUUUUGCUGCAUAUUCUCCCUACAAGUAUCGCUCGAUUUUUAGCUCGAGACCAAAAGCGCGUUGCAUUCUUCGCAGUCCGCAUCUUUCUGGCAGUCCUAAGCUCUAUCACAGAAGUUACACUGUAUCGGAAAGUGUAUGAACGGGUUAAUCAUCGAGUCGGUCGUUACUUGUUCUUCAUCUUGCUUUUCAAUGCCGGCAUGUGGAAUGCUUCCGCCGCUUUCCUUCCCUCCUCUUUCGCCAUGUACACCGGUACACUUGCCUUCGCUUGUUCUAUCAUUCCUUCCAGCUCCCGAGAAUCGCAGCGUACAUUAUAUGCGACGCUACUCUACGCCACGGGAGCCAUUGUAGGAUGGCCGUUUGCCCUUGCUCUUGCCAUUCCUUUCGUUAUCGAAGAGCUUUUUGUGUAUAGCGGGGACAAGGUCCCGGCAGCCUCUCGUUUAACAUGGAUGGUGAAACGCUGGACGCGGCUUUUCGGCUGUGGUGCGAUAGCUGCUGUCCUUCUCAUACCUGUGGUUAGCAUUGAUAGUUUGGCCUACGGAAAAUUUGCAGUUGUACCGUUCAACAUCGUGAGAUACAACAUACUGUCUUCCGAUCGGGGUCCGGACCUUUACGGAACCUCUCCAUGGAAUUUCUAUCUCCUAAACCUUCUGCUUAACUUUAAUGUGAUUCUUCCCUUUGCAUUGCUUGCACUUCCAGCACUGGCCGUCACGGCUGUGGUAGACAAGAACCGUUUGGGCCAGUUCAAGGGUUCCUCGGAAGAAAGCUCACCUUUCACCGUUUUAGCUCUGCGCUUGUCUCCUUUUUAUCUGUGGCUCGGGAUUCUGACGGCACAACCCCACAAGGAAGAGAGAUUUAUGUUCCCUGCAUACACCAUGCUCUGCUUUAACGCGGCCGUAACUGUAUACCUGAUUCGAGGUUGGAUGGAAACGGCAUUCGUCAGCGUCACUAAAUCACCCUACCGGGCUUCGCGGACUUCGAUUUUCAGCACGUUCACUCUUUCCGUGCUUACUACGACUACCGUCUUAUCCGCGUCACGAAUCGCAGCAAAUUGGAAGUAUUACCAUGCUCCACUAUCCGUCGUGAAUCAUUUUGAGGCUCAAGAGUUACCAUAUCUUCUUAAUGUUACUGGGAUGCUCCCCGUGCCGAUUCCGUCGACUAGACGUCGAAACAAAAAAGACGAAGAGCCUAGGAUCGACCUUACACCUAUCAAAGAGUUCAAUUUAACUUUAUGCUACGGCAAGGAAUGGUAUCGUUUCCCUGGUCAUUAUCUCGUGCCAGAUGGCAUCAGGGUGGAAUUUAUCAAGAGUGAAUUCGAGGGUCUUCUUCCAGGACAUUUUCCAGAACAUAGUACAAAUAAUAACAUAGUGACCACGACGUGGUGGCCGCGUUCAGAGACAAGGAUUGUGCCUCAAGAUCAGAACGACCUGAACAACGAGGAGCCUUCCCACUAUAUUCCUGCUUCUUCUUGCUCGUACCUUAUCGAUGUUGAUUUCCCCUCGCAUCCAUCUAACUCCCUACAAGAGCCCCGUUAUGCUGUUCAAAAUGAUGUCUGGGAACGUGUUGAAUGUCAACCAUUCCUCGAUGCUCGUAAUUCGCCUCUUCUUAGCCGGGUCUUGUGGCUCCCAGGUCAAAAGUGGCGGUCGAUGAAUGUGUGGGGUGACUAUUGCCUUUUGAAGAACAGGCAAGUCGUGGCAGACAAGGUGGCGAAGGUUAAACAGCUCGAGCAGAGUAAAGGAGUCUGA